CGUGAUUCGAACGUAUCGCGGGCUCGUACAUGUGGGGGCCGAUGGUGGCUUGGGAUCUAGAGCCCAUUGCACUUAGGAGGAGCAUAACCGUUCUAUAAGACCAGUCCGCCCCAAGAGAGAAAAUUCACGCUCGAUAAUCCACUUUUACGUCGAUAAAUCCGCACUUCGGCUGUCCAUUCAUCACAACCCACGCCAACCGUAAAGUACAUCUGAUUUGCUUCGUCGUCACAAAAACAAUGGAAAACGUUCGUUCUCGGGGCUCUAAAGCAAUGAUACACGAGGACUCCUCCGGCGAUCUUGACGCACUCGACGAAAGCUCCCGUUGCGAAAAUGGAGUGUUUUUCAAACCCUCCUUUACGGUAGAACCUUCCGCUUUUUCUUCGUCGUCGUCGUCUUUGUCCACAUCUUCCAUUCCACCCUUUCGUCGCUCUCUUCUCUCGAUGAGCUCGGAUUCCCGGCAAGAUCCACGUUCGGUGAGCGCAGGAAAGCUGCGGCGUCGGGUCGAAUCCUCGCCUUCUCCAGAACCCAUUGUCUGCAAUGGCAUCGCGAUUGGUCUCGACCUUUCGACUGAUUUCGGUGCCGAAGGCCGUGUCCUGGAACGAUCGCCAGCAGACGAUGACUACUCACCCAAAGAAAACUCUACAAAUGCGCUGGGGGUUUCUGGAUUCCUCUCUGCGACGCACAAGUCCUGGCGUCAACACCGACGCUCCUUGACACGCUUACACGCCAUUGGGAUGCUCUCCCUCGGUUUGGUGGCACUCCUGGGCGUCUUGGCAGGAGUCGCCGCGCCGCAAGUCCGAACAAGGAAGCUUUUGGGAGGUCGCGCGCCUUCGCCUCGCGAGUCCCGACGUGUGUUGCGUCAGAUCGAAAGCGGCACAACGGGAAAGGCCUCGGUUCUCACGGUACGCUUGCACGGACACCGCAUUGAUCUGAUUCAGCGAUCGUUGGAUCAACACGCACGCUGCAAUGUUGUAGCAGAAGCACAGAUUGAUUGGAGUGAUAGAAAUCUGCCGGAUUCGCUCUUGAACCACUUUUCCAACAAGGUUAGCCCCGUGCAAGAUGUUCCCGACGGUGCCGUCCUCUUCCUGGACGAAUCCGUACUCUUGUCUUGUGCCGAAAUAGAACGCGCUUUAGGCGAAUGGCGACAGGAUCCUACCCGUCUCGUGGGAUUUUCUACUCUUCAGGUAGCGUACGGGCCAUCUGUGCUCGUCAGUUCCCGUGCUGUGGUAGCGCACAAUCUUUACGUGGACAAUUUCAAAACCCACACGCACUUCCAAGCGGACGUGUGCGAUCAUUUGGUCCUCUCCGCUCGCGUCGCCGCCAUAUCGGGCAAAUCGCCCGUCGUGGUAGCAGCACAUCCCCGAGUUGUGGCCCAGACCAUGUCCGCUCCCGUGGUAUCCACCAAGACAUCUACCGACGAUGAGGUGUACGAUUCGAGCGACGAACUACAACAUUCCAGCACCGAUGCGCGCUGCGUGUCCCGACUCCUCAAGGCCGUCGGACUUACCACGCUCCCCGCUGAUCCGGAAGGAGCCGGGAUCACCUAUAUUGGACGAACGUAACACAAUUACGAAUACAAACGUUUUGAUGU